UCCAUUCAUCGAUGAAUUAUCUAUCUUGCUCAUAUCGAGAAUUGCAUUUGAAUAUUGGAUUAUUUUCUACCUUGAUUACCAUUAAUCUUCUUACCAUUGAUUAGUAAAAAGCUGUUUCCGCUAUUUUUAUAAUGGGAAAUGCUUGUAGAUGUAAUUCUAUACAGCAUUCCAUUGGAGAAGAGGAUCUAUAUGAUCCUAACUUAUUAAAAAAUUUGGAUUGGUCUUCUGUACAAUCUAGUUUGAAUCCUGAAAUAAGUAGUGAUAAUCCAGGAGAACCAUGGAUUGUAGUAAGACCUUUAAAAGUGUCUGAUUAUGACAAAGGUUUUCUACAAAUCUUGUCUCAACUAACCGAAGUUGGAAAUAUUGGAAAACUCGAAUUUGAACGCCAGUUCUGGAAUAUGCGUAAGGCAGGAGGAUAUUAUGUAACUGUCAUAGAAGAUACCAGGAGUAAUACUAUUAUUGGUUCGUCAACAUUAAUAACAGAAUUUAAAUUUAUUCAUGACUGUGCCUUAAGAGCACGUUUAGAGGAUGUAGUCGUCAAUAACACUUACAGAGGAAAACAACUAGGAAAACUGAUUGUCUUAACAGUUACGUUACUUGCAAAAAGACUAGGAUGUUAUAAAAUGUCCUUAGACUGCAAAGACCCACUUAUAGCGUUUUACAAGUCUCUUGGAUAUAAGCUGGAGCCAGGGAAUUCCAACUCGAUGAUGCUGAGAUUUGAAAAGGUUGAUCCAUCCUGACAAUUAGCCGCCAAUGCAUCCACAAAAUCAAAACUUUGAAUUAGUUGAUCUGUUUUUAUUCAUAUUCAUGCCAAUUAUUUGUUUUCAUUAAAAUAUGUUUUCACUAUUCAAUCAUUGUAUUGAGUAAUAAAAUUUUAAAAAUAGUUAAAAAUUUUUUAGUUGUAAUGGAUGCAUUGGUGCUUCGGGACCUUAUUUUAUUUUUGUAGUUAUUUUUGUUAAUUUUAACUACAUCACUAAUAAAUAUUUAUAUUA